UCCUGAAGGCGGAGAGGGGGCCGCGGGAGCGCGCAGUGCCGGGCGGCUGCCUGCGGCGCUGGGGAGGGGGCGGCUGCGGGACCCUGCCCGCCGCGGCUCGGCCACCAUGACCAGCGCGAUCCUGAGGAGGAACUCCAGCAAGCAGGGCCUGCAGAACCUCAUCAGGCUGACAGCGCAGUGGAGCGUGGAAGAUGAGGAGGAGGCGGCGAGAGAGCGGCGGCGGCGGGAGCGGGAGAAGCAGCUGCGGUCCCAGGCAGAAGAGGGCUUGAACGGCACCGUCUCCUGCUCGGAGAGCGCGGCUCUGGCACAGGAGAACCACUAUGACUUCAAGCCAUCUGGGACUUCGGAGCUGGAGGAAGAUGAGGGGUUCAGUGACUGGUCCCAGAAGCUCGAGCAGCGCAAGCAGAGGUCUCCAAGACAGUCAUACGGAGAAGAGGACAGUGGUGUGAGGGAAGCUGAAGUCAAACUGGAGCAGAUCCAGCUGGAUCAAGAAAGCCCGGAGGAGAACAUGGUUAUCAGAGAGGAGGAGAGGCUGUGCCAGAAGGAAGAAGAGGCCCAAGAGCAGGAGGAGGGGGAACAAGCUGAGCAAGAGGAAAAGAAGAGAAGGAGAAAUGAUGGGGAGAAAGAAGAAGAAACACCAGAGAAACGCCAGAAGGCCCCAAGUGUUGCCAGCCUGGAAGAGGAGGAGCUGUGCUCUGACCACACUGCAGUGUGCUCCACAAAGAUCACAGACAGAACCGAGUCGCUGAACCGCUCAAUACAGAAAAGUAACAGCAUAAAGAAGAGUCAGCCUCCUCUCCCUGUGUCGAAGAUUGAUGACAGGCUGGAGCAGUACACACAGGCUAUUGAGACCUCCACAAAGGCUCCAAAACCUGUCCGGCAGCCCUCUCUUGACCUUCCCACCACGAGCAUGAUGGUGGCCAGCACAAAAAGCCUCUGGGAGACUGGGGAGGUCACAGCUCAAUCUGUCAUGAAGCCCUCGCCCUGUAAGGAUAUCGUGGCCGGAGACAUUGUGAGUAAAAGAAGCCUUUGGGAACAGAAGGGCAGUCCCAAGCCUGAGAGCAGUAUCAAGUCCACUCCUUCUGGCAAAAAGUAUAAGUUUGUUGCAACAGGCCAUGGCCAGUACAAGAAGGUGUUGAUAGACGAUGCUGCAGAGCAAUAGUAUGUCUGGAGAACUCAUUAACCAGCUGAGCUUGGUCCUGGCUCGAUGCAACCCUCCAUGCCACUAUUUCCUCUGCUCCACAGAAGAUAAUUGAAGGAUGUUUCUCUUCUCCUGACUGCUGUUAGUCUGCUUUGGGUACAGCCUGACUCCUCUUGGGGUUUGAGCAACACCCCACACUGCCUCCAGAUGGAUGAAAGGAACUCGAUCAGCUGGCAAAACUCAUCAUAACUUUCUAUGUGACUCUUUGGCUUUUUUUUUUUUUUUUCUUAAGUGUCUCUCUGGUGUGGAGAUGAGAGGCUGUAUCUCUGUUCCCUCCCCUUAAGUGUUGGAAGAGAGGGAUCUGCUGCCCUGCUCAGCAGGCAAGGGUUUUGUUAUGUGAUUAAGAAUUUCUCCUUUUGUGGCCCUUGGUGGCUGGGUGGUGGCAGCGAGAGAGCUCAACAAAAAUCUGGUAGAAGAAUUGGUGUUUGAAAGGAGGGCAGUGGGCAGGUCCUGAGUGUGAGAAGACUGCAAGGAGAGUGUGAUGAGAGUGCAAGGACUACUUGUCACCCUGUUGGUGCCAGCUGUGGGUAAAGUCUUCCCCUGUUUAUGAUGCAGCCUCUGUCCCUCUACAUCAUCUGCUUUGAGGGACUUCCAUCUACUGGUCUCUGUGUACAUCAAAUUGCAUUCAACUUAGUCCUUUUUUUUCCUUUAGUUCCCAGAUCAUUCUUUAAUCACAGUUAUGUACCCAUGCCAAAAUGUUUCUGCCACUUUUCUGUCUCAGCAGGACAAUAGCAGCUUUGUUUCAAAUAGCUGCUGCCUUCCUCUGCCUAAGAUGGAUUGGAGGUUUCCUUUCUCAGGUGAGGAGUGCUGACCACUGGUAUUAUCUCCCCUCUCUGGGAGAGUGAUUUGCUUAUUCUCUAACCUGUGGGCUCCAGUGCCAGUGACUGAAACACUUCUAAAAGUCAGAUGUGGUGGCAUCUUGAUCACUUGCCAGCUGUGCUCCUGAAGCUGAGCAGGCUAUCUGGGAAGUGGGUGCUGCUCUUGUGCUGGAAGCUAUCUUGGUGAAAUGGCAUCCCAGUGAAUUGUUUGUGGAGACCAAGGCUUGCUGUGAACUUGAGGAAACUGAGUCCCAAGAGUGGCAUUUCUGGCCUUGGGCCUGAGGUCUGCAAAUCAGCUUCUAGGGUUGUUUCUGAACUCUCCCAUGUCUUCAUAUUUCAUGGUGUUAACAUGUCCCCCAGCUCCUCUUUAAAGUCUCAUUCCUACCUUACUCCCAUGUCAACAUAAUUUGCAACUUGUUUCUACCGUCCUGGAGGGAGGGCAGCUUGUUUCUCCUCCUGCAUCAGUGUGCUUUCUGCUUAAAACUUUCUGCCCCCAGAUUUUUUUUUUUGUAAGCAUUUAAUAAAAUUUGAAGAUGUUGUAA